UAGGAAAACAACAAUAUAAGAUACUCUAAUCCAGAAUUAGAUAUGAUAACCAAAGACAUAGAAGAAUUGUCUAGAGAAAAAAUUGCAUUGGAAAUAGAUAUCGCACAGAAGGAAGCAGACAUAAAAAUAAAAAGUGGUGAAAUAAAAAGUUUACAAAGCGAACUGGAUACUUUAGCAGCUACUUUAAAACAACUAGAGAAUCAAAAAGGGGAAGCUCAAAAAAGACUAAACGAUUUAAAAGCGCAGAAAGCUGAGGUAGAGGUGAAAUUCAACAAUAAUAAGGAACUUGAAGGACAAACUUCAAAG